AUGGAACCUUUACGACUUAAACCCAGACAACCUGUGGAGGCCGACAUUGAAAACUGGGAUGACGAUGAUUUUGUCGUCGAGGGCGACGACCUGUCCUUUCGCAGUCCAUCCACGGCCACUAACAUUCCAUCCCGGCCAUCAUCUUCAAGACGCCGGGAUUCUGGUUCUUCGCACUUCUCCUUCCGAUCUGAGGUUGAGGGAGAAGAGGAGAAGCAUGUUCACAUUCCAGGCGACGACGAGAAAUCAACCCUGGAUGCUAUCGCUGCCGCACAAAAUGCUGGCAUCCCCUUACCAACUAAUGUCCCAUCUUCUGCCCUAAUGGGGGGUACGAUUAAGCGUCUUGGUGGAAGAAAGAUCAGAAAGAUCAUUCAAGAUGACUGGGAGAAUGACCUAGAGAUGCCCGACUCGUCCCAAGGCCUCAAGAUGAAGAGACCAGAACAACCUAAAUCCCCCGAGACUUCACGACAUGUCAGUUUUGGAUCGACUUCUACUCACACCAGUCCUAUCAACUGGGGCAAUUCACCCCCUACUUCUCCCUUUGACAAGGACAACCGACGAGAAUCUACUCAAUCUAUUCAGUCUUUCCAGAGCAUGCAGUCUAUUCAAUCUGCGACGAGUAAUCUUUCAGCCGCUAUCAACUUGGAUAGAUUCAAAGACGAUGACGAAGAUGACGAUUUCUUUGGAGGCGACACUAUCAGAGCCUCCAAGACCCGUCCACUUCCACUUCCCAAACCUGUUUCUUUUAUCACACCCCCCACUCCUCAGAGAGAUUCUAAGCCCGCUAAUGCCAACAACACCGAAGAUGAUUUUGAGGCGGAUCUGGAACUUCCAUCAGAUGGGAAACUGAAGCUUACUACGAGAAAGGAGAUCCCCAAGACGCCCGCCAAUCAAUCCGAUGAUCUGGAUUGGGGAGAGGGAAGCUUGGGGACUAGAUGGGGUGGAACUCGGCGAGACGUGCGCUCUGCUAGGAGCUCCGCUGCUUCUGCCCUUAGCCCUAGUGUUUCGAGCUCUAUCACUGCUGAGAGCGAGGACGAGACGUUUGAUGGACUGAUUCUGCCCGCCGGUCCUGUGAACUGGACAGAGAGACUCCAGCAGCGUCGAAAGAGCAAGUCUCCCAAUCGAAUCUCCGAGGAACCCAUUGUGCCUGCAAAGAAGGUACCAGCUGAAGCUGACAAGCCCGACUUUCUUGACGGACUCGAUAUUGGUGAAGGAGAUGUUUUUGACUCGAGCAAGCUCACCCUCCAUAAGAAUGUCAAGGUCAAGGAGGCACGUCCGGCUAGCCCGGCUCGCCCUAAAGCGGCACUGUCUCUUACAUUUACGAACAAACCAGUCACUACUUCGACCCGGAUCCCUCGUCUGAACCACCAUGAGCGAACCCACUCAACAUCCCUGGAACCAGUCUCAGAGAGUGGCGGCCCUAUUCCCCAGCGUAGCCGUCGCUCACACUCUAGAAUGGGCCACUCAGCUCAGUCAUCCAUCGCUAGUAUGCCAACUCCCACAACAACUUCACCAUCUCGCGGGCUCCCUCCACCACCCCCACGCAGAAGGGAAAUCGGCACGCGAACCUCGACAACCUCGCUUCGCACUGAACCAACUACGACCAGCGCUCAGCUUCUUAAGCAGAAACGCUCGCUGCCAGCCAUCAGAGCAUCGAAUACUCCGGGCAGACAGUCGGCGUAUCGUCAUGAUAGGCCACCAUCAAGAUCCGAAAACAAUCGACCGUUGUCUGGAAUACGGCCAAAGACGCCCACUGAACGUCAGCGCCAAAAUUCAACCGACAGCCCUGCAACUGUUCGCAAGUCCCACCUUCCAUUUCUGCCAGCCGGUGCCUCUCAAUCACAGUCGCAGCACGUUGCUACCAAGCAUACUCGUGGAUUCCGUCGUCAUGACUCCGACACUUCCAUUGGAUCCAUUGAUUUGCGUCCCAGUUCUCGCACGCUUUCGCGAUCCACAAUGCGGUCGCCCAGCCCCAACCAUCGCCAUCGCGCGACUGCUGAUACUUGGGAGCGUUUGAGUAAGCCAAAGCACAAGAAGAACUUUGGCGAUGGUCACGAGUUGGAUGGCUUCGAUGAUUUACCUACAUCGAAAGAAACUGAAACAAGGUACCUGAAACAGCCUACCAGCUCAGGACCCAAGGUUGCCAUGCGCAACAAACUCUACCAAAAUGUUCUUCCAGACAGAAACUCGGCGAAUUCUCCAUCAAUUCCCCCAACUCCCCGACCUUCUUUUACUCCUCACUUUGCUCGUGAUACCGCUGCAAGUAGAAUUGCACGGGAGACUUCACUGGCACAACGAGUCCCUAGUAACGGUCCGUUGACACCCUUGAACUCUCAGCGGACCACUCAGCUUUCGUCGAGGAGCAAUUUGACCCCUACCAUUCCCCACCACUCGAAUAUCCGAUCGAGGAAACACAAACGACCUCAACAGACAAAGCCGCAUCUAAUUUCGAACCUGAACAGUGGCAAAGAGUCAAAGAGUAAGGCUAUCAAGAAUAAAGCCAGUACUCUCGCUAACAAGGACAUAGUGGUCAACGGAAUGUUUUACAACGCAGACACAUACCGGUGGGAGGGCAAUGAGAACGCGCUCAAUGUUUUUGACCCCCCUGUACAAACACCCACUCAAGUGGUUGCGUCGACCACUACGCGCGAAAAGGAAAACGCAACACCUCGUCCGGCAUUGAUCACAAACAUUAGCGCUACCAAGGGCGUCCAAGUUGUCGGCGGCAUGGUCUUUGACCCUCAAAACAUGUGCUGGCUCAAACUCGAUAACCCAGCUAAACCAUCCUCCGAGACUAGUGAUACCAUGGAUGGAUUCGACGCGCUUGACGACGAGGAUGUCUUCAAGGACAUUCCUGAUUUGGAAGACAAUACCGCUGACGAUGAGGGCGCUCAAGGUCGUGUUAGCGACAUUAAGGAUGAAUGGCUUGUCGGCGAAGAGUUCGACGUGGGCCCCGAGUUCAUCAGACGACAACGGGAAGAAGAAGACCGAUGGAGAAGAAAAUGCGAGAAAUGGAUCGGCCGAGGAUCCAGAGAUCGCGAAGCUUGGCGAUGGACGAUCCGCGAGCUUGUCUCACAAUUCGACGAUUUGGCAAUGUGA